AGCAAGCAUAUAUGUUUUUAUUAGUACCAAUCAUUCUUCAUUCCGAACGCAACGCCUUAGCGUGAACCUCUCGAUUCAUCAAACAGCAUCAAUGCCACGACCCAACCUAAGCUACCAUUCAGUUCUCUUCAUACAUCUACAGGCUAGUUCAUGCCAUUGUCGAUCUACGGCCUGCUACAGGGUACGGUUACAAGCAUUAACUGCUUUGCUCUCGGUUUAUACCGACCACUGCGUCGGGAAGAAUGGAACUUCGUUGAAGUCGCGGGUGUAGGAAGUACUUCCGAGAGACGUCUUCAAUAUCCUC